UCCGGAGCGGCGCCACGUCUGCUCCGCUGGGCGAGGCCGGGCUCGGGCAGGGCCAGCGGGGUCUCCGGGGCCCCGGGCUCGUUACAGCGGUUCCACCCGUCACCACGCAGUCAUGGCGACCGAGAAGGACCAGCAGAUGGAUGCUGAAGCUGAAGGGCUGAGCGCCGCGACCCUGCUGCCGAAACUGAUUCCUUCUGGCGCGGGGCGGGAGUGGCUGGAGCGGCGCCGCGCGACCAUCCGGCCCUGGGGCACCUUCGUGGACCAGCGGCGCUUCUCGCGGCCCCGCAACCUGGGCGAGCUGUGCCAGCGCCUGGUUCGCAAUGUGGAGUACUACCAGAGCAACUACGUGUUCGUGUUCCUGGGCCUCAUCGUGUAUUGCGUGGUGACGUCCCCUAUGCUGCUGGUGGCUCUGGCUGUCUUCUUUGGAGCCUGUUACAUCUUAUAUCUGCGCACGUUGCAGUCCAAGUUUGUGCUCUUUGGCCGUGAGGUGACCCCAGUCCAUCAGUAUGCUCUGGCCGGGGCUGUCUCCUUUCCUUUCUUCUGGCUGGCUGGUGCCGGCUCGGCUGUCUUCUGGGUCCUGGGAGCUACCCUUGUGGUCAUUGGCUCCCACGCCGCCUUCCACCAGAUAGAGCCACUGGAGGGGGAAGAGCUGCAGAUGGAGCCCGUGUGAGGGGCCUCUCUGACCCCAGCCUCCCAAGCCAGUGCUCCCUCCCUGCCCACACUUCCACCCUGCAUAGUCCUGAUGCUUCAGCCAAAGGCCUCCUUCCACCACAAGCCAGGGAGGGACAGCAGCUUUGGAAAUAAAACUGUUACAGUUGUCAUUCAGCAAAAA